CACACUUCCCAGUUCCCCCCCCCCCCCCCCCCCUUUCUUCCUCUCAAAAUCAUUAUUUUUCCCCAAAUUACUCUCUCUAAAAAGCAUGUUUUCUCUCUCUAAAUGGCAAUAACAACCCUAGUAUGGGCUCGCCGCCUUUGCUAUUUCGAGUAAAAGGAGCAUAGCAACGCAAUGACCUGAUUAGGUGUAAUAGUUCGAGUUGUGAAUUUUGCAAAAUUUUGAAGUUCCGGAUCAGAAGGAUGGCGGGAGUUUUAUUCGGUACGGGUUAGCAUUUCUGGAUGCAAAAUUGAAUUUGGAAGGUUAUCAAGGUUUUCAAUUUGAAAAAUUUUAGUGGGUGCUGUUAGCUGGACAGAUUGUGUUUUUCUUAUUCCAAUGGCAGAUGAUGGCAUGAGGGUUGGUGGGCUUUCAUCUGGCUUGGCUAUAUUAUUGAGUGGGGAAGAUGUGAAGGAGAAUUCCUCGAAAACCCAUUUGGUUUCAUAUUGUGAUGAUUUUGGUUGUCAGCCUGUGGAACGGGCUCUUGAAUACAUUUUUGGUCUGCCUAACAAAUCAGUUGGUCCAUUGACUGGUCCAGUUGACACUGAUUUAGUCCGCUCUAUUAUCAAGAAUAAGUUCUCCAAAUUUCAUGUGAAUUCUGAUACUUUGGCUAGCAAUAGGGAAGGAAUAUGUAUUUUUGACGAUGGCUGUUGGCCUCACAAAGUUGGGCUUGAAGAAUCAAGCAUUUGUGGUGAUAUUAGAAUUGUUAAGCCCCCUUUUCUUCUGGAGAGUUUAGCAAUGUUCAGUAGCACCAGGGCUAAUGUCUUUGUUUGGAAAGGAAAGUGGAUGUAUGAAGUUAUACUGGAAACUUCUGGUGUACAACAGCUUGGAUGGGCAACCCUGUCUUGCCCUUUCACUGACCAUAAGGGUGUAGGCGAUGCAGAUGAUUCUUAUGCAUUUGAUGGAAAAAGGGUUAAAAAAUGGAAUAAAGAGCCUGAGCCUUACGGUCAGUCGUGGGUUGUUGGUGAUGUCAUUGGGUGUUGCAUUGAUCUGGACCAGGAUGAGAUAUUGUUUUACAGAAAUGGUGUAUCUCUUGGGGUAGCCUUUCGUGGCAUUCGCAAGAUGGGACCUGGAUUUGGAUAUUACCCUGCAAUCUCUCUUUCUCAAGGCGAAAGAUGUGAAUUAAAUUUUGGGGCUCGACCAUUUAAAUACCCCAUUAGGGGGUUCCUUCCCCUUCAAGAUCCUCCCUCAGUAAAUCUUUUGGCUACACAAUUGCUUCGAUGCUUAUCCACGAUGUUUGAUAUGCAAUAUAUGGAUCGAUCCGAUAGUUCCUCAGUUGGGAAAUUAAGAAGAUUAAAGAGGUUUGUAUCACUUGAGGAACUAUUUUAUCCUGUUUGUCAUGGGGUAUGUGAGGAAUUGUUCUGUAUACUUGAGGCAGAUGCAGGGAACAUAGAGUAUGUAGCGUGGGGUCCGCUUAUUUCAUUUAUGAUGGAGGUCUUCAGGUUGCAGCCAGAUCAUGACUAUUCAAGUUUGGAUAGAUUUAUAGAUGUGUUUCUAGAGUUUCAGGAAUCGUGUGGGAUGUUUGAGUGUGUCAUCAAUGCCCUUUCGAGUUGCUGCAGAACAGCAGCAUUGGUUUUAACUGAAUGCCCAUACUCAGGAUCUUAUUCUUAUCUUGCAUUGGCAUGUCAUAUUUUGAGAAGGGAAGAAUUAAUGGUACUCUGGUGGAAGUUGCCAGAUUUUGAAUUCUUGUUUGAAGGUUUUCUAUCACAAAAGAGUCCAAGCAAGCAGGAUCUUUCCAUCUUGAUGCCUUCUGUUUGGUGGCCUGGUUCAUGUGAGGAUAUUUCCUAUGAAUCUAGCAUGUUCUUAACAACUACAGCUUUAUCUGAGGCAGUCAACAAGAUUGAGGAGAAGCAUAGGGACCUCUGUCUUUUGGUUAUACAGUUUAGACCACCUACAACACCUCCCCAGUUACCUUGUUCAGUGUUUAGGACAUUUUUACAAAAUCUUUUAUUGAAGAAUAGGGGCGCAGAUCGCAAUCUGCCACCUCCUGGAGUUUCAAGCAAGUCUGUUCUUGUCUCUUUGUAUACAGUCAUACUACAUUUUCUAUCUGAAGGAUUUGCUAUGAGGGACAUUUGUGGUUGGUUGAAGAGCUGUGAAACAAAUAAUUACAAUGUUGGAUUUCUUCAUAGAGGUGGUGAACAGAGUUUCCUGGUGGAUUUAUUUCUGAAAAAUGAUUCUUAUCGAACUGACAUUUCAAGACUAGGGGGAUCAUUUAGUCAUCUAUCAAAAUCUCAUCCUGUACAUGAUCAGGAAUCAGAAGUAAUUCGGUGGGAAGAAGGCUGUAUGGAUGAUGAAGAAACCAGAGUAACACAUAAAACUACGCAGAAACCAUGUUGUUGUUCAAGUUAUGAUGUUGAGUAUUCAAAAAUGUCAAAGCAUCCAAUUAGAUAUACAGCAAAAGGUUCUCGUGUCCAUUGUACACCUAUGCCAGAGAGGUCUGCUCAUAUAGGUGCAGAAUGCAGUGCAGGAAAUUUGAAUGAUGAAAUUGCAGAUAAGCCUAGCACCAGUGAUCAAUCUGAGUCGGAGUUUGGUUUUUGCCCAGUGCAAGAUAUUAGGAUUGUGCCAAGGGAGAGUAAUAUCUCUUCAGCUACACUAAGAGAAGAAGAACUUUUAGAUACUUUGUUACUUUUGUAUCACAUAGGCGUUGCGCCAAACUUCAAACAGGCAUCAUACUACAUGUCUCAUCAAUCACAAUCAAUAUCGCUUCUGGAAGAAACUGAUAAGCAAAUAAGAGAAAGAGGUUGUAGUGAACAAUUACGACGAUUGAAGGAAGUGCAUAAUGAUUAUCGAGAAGAAGUUAUCAAUUGUGUUAGACAUUGUGCAUGGUAUCGCAUCUCCCUAUUCUCACGUUGGAAGCAGAGAGGAAUGUAUGCAACAUGCAUGUGGAUAGUCCAACUGCUCCUGGUUCUUAGCAAAGUGGAUUCUUUAUUCAUUUAUAUCCCUGAAUUUUAUCUUGAAACUCUGGUAAAUAAGUUCUUCCGUGAAACUACUGGGAAGGAUGCUAAUGUGCUUAUGAACAUGACAUUAGAAGCACACUUAUGUCCUUGGUGUCACCACAAUCUUGUUCACAACUUUGAUAUUGCUGCAAAUAUUGUUAAAUCUCUUGCAAAUCGAGUUGACUCUUUUCAUGUGUUGCGCAAGAGUGAUCCUCCAUUUGUUCCUUCUGCAAUAUUUAUUAACCAAGGACUCGCAUCAUUUGUAUGUUUGGUCACUUUCAUAGUUACCCACUUCAAUGACCCAAGGAUAUUGAGCGCAGAUCUCAAGGAUCUCCUUCUCCAAUCUAUAUCAGUCUUGGUACAGUACAAGGAAUAUGUGGCAGUUUUGGAGAGCAAUGAAGCAGCCACGCAGAGAAUGCCAAAAGCAUUGCUGUCAGCUUUUGAUAACAGAUCUUGGAUUCCAGUCACCAACAUUCUUCUGCGAUUGUGCAAGGGUUCUCGCUUUGGUUCUUCAAAAUAUGGAGAAUCAUCAUCAUCAGUUGUUUUUCAGAACUUGUUGCGGGAAGCUUGCGCCAAUGAUGAAGAAUUGUUCUCAGCCUUUCUGAAUCGCCUAUUUAAUACUCUUAGCUGGACAAUGACAGAGUUCUCUGUUUCUAUUCGGGAAAUGCAAGAAAAACACCAGGUAUCGGAGUUUCAGCAAAGGAAAUGCUGUGUAGUAUUUGAUCUCUCAUGCAACCUUGCAAGGCUUUUGGAGUUCUGUACCUGUGAGAUUCCGCAAGCAUUCAUAUCAGGAACUGAUACAAACCUCCGGAGGUUAACUGAAUUAAUUGUUUUUAUUCUCAACCACAUAACUUCCGCUGCGGAUGCUGAAUUUUUUGACUUGUCAUUUCGAAGACAUGGUCAAUUGUUGGAAAAAGUAAGUCGAUGCAUGAUAUUAGCACCUCUUAUGGGGAUCAUUUUGAAUUUGUUGGAUGCAAAUGUGGAGACAGAAUCUGGAGGGCAGAAUGAUAUUGUAGAUGUUUUUGCUAGCAUGGACUGCCCUGAUACCAUGCAUUGUGGAUUCCAGUAUCUCUUGGAGUAUAACUGGCAGGCUGGUUCACUCAGAGGGGAUGCCUAUCUGGGAAAGCUUGGGCAACUUGAGAACUUCUUGAGCCUUCUUAUCAGCCGAAUUGAGGUGCAACAAAUUGAAAAGAUGAGAUGUGGAGAAACAGAUGGAGAUGAUGGCAUCUGCUGCAUUUGUUAUACAUGUAAAGCAGAUGCGAAGUUUAUUCCUUGUUCUCAUAUCUCUUGCUAUGGCUGCAUCACAAGACAUCUUUUGAAUUGCCAUAGAUGUUUCUUUUGCAAUGCAACGGUGUUGAAGGUCAUUAAGAUGGACGAAAACAGAAUCUAAAGUCUGAUAUUCUGUAUUUUCUCGUUGCCUGGGAUGUCUUCGCUUCAUGAAAUCUUAGCCGGUAAUAAAUUUUUCGGUUGCUGCUUCGUGGGUUGUGGAAUCCCUGUUUUAUGGUGUUCCAGAACUUACGGCUUUUGCAUCCCUAGGUUUGUAAAGCAACGGCAUAAAAGCCAAAAAUAGGAAGAAAAAUAGGUGAUAAAUUAAUGAAAGAUGGUGCAAUAUGAAAUAUGAUAAUAUAGAUGGUAUAGUUGUGAAGGUGAAAAGUGGGAAUUCAUUUAAGAAUUUUGUAGGGAAAAUUGAGGGCAUUAUUCUGUAAAUAUGAGCUGUAAAUGUCAAUGCAGAUCUCUUCUGUUCUCACUUCUUGUUUUAAUAUUAAGCAGAAGUGGUGUUUACUGCUUUUCGUUGUUAA